AUGGCACCAGAUAGAGGGAGAGCCGUAGAGCCGGCAUACCAGACUAUUUCAACUCUGAAUAAUCCAGUCAUUGAUGAUGAGUUGGAUGGUGAGGGGAUGCAGAAUCGGCUCAGUGAGGAGCUUAGCUUCCUCAGCGAACAUGGGCAUGAACCUCAAAACUUUACGCUUCGAGGUAUAUUGGUGGGGCUUGGGGUUGGAUUAGUUAUUUGCUUUUCAAAUAUGUACUUUGGGCUCCAGACUGGGUGGAUUAGCAGUAUGAGCAUGCCAUCAUCGCUGAUUGGGUUCGCCUUCUUUAAAACCCUGUCCAAACAUCUCGAUAUCCCGUUCACACCGGUCGAGAAUGUCCUUGUUCAGACUGUGGCUGGAUCCAUGGGAACGAUGCCACUGGGCUGUGGAUUUGUAGGCGUGAUGCCUGCCCUAAACUACCUGCUUAAACCCGAAGAAGGAGGUCCAUUGUUCCUCAGUCUUUGGAAACUUAUUCUAUGGGCCUUGGGGCUCUGCUUUUUCGGAGUUGUUUUCGCAGUACCAUUGAGGCGCCAAGUAAUCAUAAGAGAGAAGCUGAAGUUCCCGUCUGGCACAGCAACUGCUCUAAUGAUCAACGUAUUACAUGGCAAAGAUGAAGUUUGGGAACCAAGCACACAGCACCGACACUCGACUUCUAUGCUUAGCGACGAUAGCGACAGACACUACAGUGACGCAUCGAAUUCCCUGAGAGAAUCGACCAGUUUUCCACACGAGGGCACGACCACGUCUACUCCCCAUUUCAGAGCAAGUGCGACGGACAUUGAGGAAGUCCAGAGUUGGGACAAGGGAAGCUGGGUGCAACGCGUUAAACUGUUGUUAUUAUCGUUUUCAAUAUCUGGACUGUAUACUUUGAGCACCUACUUCUUUCCCGUCCUUCGGAAUCUACCAGUAUUCGGCUUGAAUUUGGCUCAAAACUGGUUGUGGACACUGAAUCCUUCCCUGGCUUACGUCGGUCAAGGCAUUAUCAUGGGAUCAGCUACUACUAUACACAUGCUUAUAGGUGCCAUACUGGGAUGGGCCGUUCUAUCCCCACUCGCAAAACACAAAGGUUGGGCUCCGGGACCAAUAGAUGACUGGGAAGCGGGGAGUAAGGGAUGGAUCAUCUGGGUCUCACUGGCGAUUAUGCUGGCGGAUUCCAUCGUUAGCCUGGCUUAUAUUGCCGGUAAACAGGUGGCGCCGUAUGUAUGGAUUGUGCUAGAGCCUGUUUACAGAGCAAGAGCUGGCAGGGGCUGGAGAAACAUUGUCAACUUUGGGUCAUUGAGCGCCGGGUAUGUGCCAAUUGACGGCGUGCAAGAUUCCACCGUGUUAACGGACAAUUUGUCCAAUUCUGGAGAGCCGCUGCAGUCACCACCACAGCCUGCAGAUUUGAAAAGUCUUACCGACAUUGAUGCGCCUCCGGAACACCUGGUUAGCGGUCGCGUUGUGUGGAUAGGAUUAAUAUCCUCGAUCCUUUUCUGCAUCUUAUGCAUUCGGAUCACUUUCGGAGCGCUCGUCCCCCUCUACGCAACCGUGGCAGCCGUUCUGAUAGCAUUGGUGCUGUCGGUUAUGGGGGUCCGAGCCUUGGGCGAAACUGAUCUUAAUCCAGUAUCCGGCAUCAGCAAAUUGGCUCAGCUCUUCUUUGCUCUGAUAAUUCCACAGUCAAACAAGAAGUCCGUGCUGAUUAACCUCAUUGCUGGUGCGGUCUCUGAGGCUGGUGCACUUCAGGCUGGAGAUCUUAUGCAAGAUCUGAAGACAGGACACCUCUUAGGUGCGGCGCCAAACGCACAAUUCUGGGGCCAAAUCAUCGGCAGUGCAGUUGGUGCGGUUGUAAGCGCACUUAUUUACAAGCUAUACACGAAUGUAUAUCCCGUCCCAGGAGAUCUUUUUCAGGUUCCCACUGGAUACGUUUGGAUUUUCACGGCAAGACUAGUGACUGGAGAUGGACUGCCACCGAUGGCAUGGCAAUGGGCGAUUGGAAUGGGACUAAUAUUCGCAGCAACUACAUGUGCCAGAAUUGUUGGCACUGGUAAGAAAUGGCACCCACUCAUACCAGGCGGAAUUGCUGUUGCUGUUGGAAUGUUCAAUGUCCCAUCAUUCACCCUUGCGAGGGCAAUCGGUGGUUUCAUGAGUUGGUACUGGAAGUCGUACCUGGGGAACCCAGAGACCCCCCUUGUCGUCGUAGCGAGCGGGUUUGUGCUUGGAGAGGGUGUUGUGAGCAUCUUAAACUUAGCCAUGUCGACUAUGGGUGUGCCUCACCUAUAA